CUUGGCGCUGUAAUUUGACAAUAUAAAACUGUGGUAAAGUUACAUAAAGUGCUGUUACGCAACUAUAGGUUUUGUUACAAUGUGAACAAUUAUAAAGAUUUAUGUUAACAACUUUCACCAAGCUCGCUAAUUAGGGUACCUAUUGUAAUGAAACAGCAGGCAGGGAGCAGGUCUCGAACCUUCGACCUUCAAGCCCUUAGUCCGGCGCGCUGUCGACUGUGCCGCAAAAGCAUGCUCAAGCGGCAGAGUCGAUUUCCGCGCUUAUAAACCCAAGGUCGUUACACUACUCCCUCCUUUCAAAGAGCGCGUCCUCGCGCUAGCUUGCGACUCAACGUCUUACAGGAACGCGCUCUCCGGCCAAGCACACGCACUGUCGUGGAUGCAAGGUCCGAUCACUUCUGACACCAAUGUAAUGAAACAGCAGGCAGGGAGCAGGUCUCGAACCCUCGACCUUCAAGCCCGAAGUCCGGCGCGCUGUCGACUGUGCCGCAAAAGCACAGGGUCGUUACACUAUUGUAACUCGGGAGUAUUUGGGACCGUGUUUGAGUGAGUUGCUAUGUGCUCACGCAGGUGCCCGAGAGCUGUGACUGCACCGAGGGCUAACAUAUUGUGUGUUGUCUCUUCGUGUGCAGGUAUGUCUUUUAUUUUGUUCCGAAUAUGUUGUAUAUAAUUUUAAUUGUAUUGUAUAGUGUGCUGUUGGGCACUGAAUGUAUGUAUGCAGUUCCCGCUCUUUUGCCGGACCUUCAGCUAGCAAGGUGCCCGAGAGCUGUGACUGCACCGAGGGCUAACAUAUUGUGUGUUGUCUCUUCGUGUGCAGGUCGAAUAAAAAUGAUUCUACCAUCAGCAUUCCAGUUGUGGCAGUGUCCUAAAUAAAAAUACACAACGCAGAACGAACCACGCUACAUAUGCACAUUUGCUCUGGUCGACCAAAAAGUUCAUACUGCAUCUUUAAGGGUUAGGGACGUCCCAAGGAUCCCAGAUAGCACGAACGCUGGAAAGUACCUUGUUCAUAAACGAAAGUGUAAACUAGUCCGACUUAAUCUAACAGGUAACUAGAUCGUGACUACAACUAAGUCUUUGACCACACUGUGUUACAUUGUUCUACAUGAGGGUGAGGACAACAGGGAUGUUCUUAGUUCAAAACUAAGAUUCCAGGGUGGUGGACCUUCUUCCACUGAGAUAUUGAGGAUUGGAGAACCAUGGCGCAGUUUCAAAGCUUGAUAUGGAUAAUGAACCUAGCUAUCAUUUUGACACUUCUAAAUAUCCAGCGCUCUAUUGCAUGUGGUAGAGCAGAGUACAGAACAGGUGAUGAAUGCUGUCCUAUGUGUUCUCCAGGAAACCGGGUAUAUAGACACUGUACAGAAUUUACAAGUACUUCCUGUGUCCCCUGUACCGACUCCACUUUCCUUGAUGAACCCAAUGGUCUUACGGCAUGCAUACCGUGUACAAACUGUGACCCUGGAUUUGGUUUGAAGGUAAUGCAGCCAUGUAGACCUUCAUCAGACACUGUCUGUGGGACACUGGAGGGGUUCUACUGUCUAGACCCAACUAAGGAUGGUUGUAGAGCAGCCCAGAGACACAGCAGCUGUAAACCUGGUCAAUACAUCAGCCACACAGGAACAACAUCUACAGAUACUGUGUGUUCUGACUGUACUGGUGAUACCUAUUCAAAUGGAUCAUUAACAUCCUGCCAGACACACACACAAUGUGAUACCUUGAAGCUUCAGCAAAUUAAACCUGGAACUUAUCAGUCAGACUCUGAAUGUGGACCACAGACCUCCCUUUCCAUGGCUGUAAUAAUACCUGCUGUGGUGGGGGUGGUACUAGCUGUGAUAUCAGCAGUGACGGCAGUAGCUAUUAGAAGAAAAAUAAAAGCUCCUGUAUCUGAGACACAAAGCCCUACAGAGGUUUCAGUCACAGAGGGAACGUCAAUGCUGUUUGUGGGAACAAGAACAGAUUCAAGCCUCCAGUUCAUUCAUCAGAACAAUCCAGUCUAAUGUGUGGUUCAUUGGCUUGAAAACUAGACUAGG